AUGUUGGGAAAUAAAUUAUUUUCUGAUAAAAAUAAUAUUUCUUCUUAUUUAUUUCCGUCAAUUGAAGAUUCAGAAAAUAUUCGAAUUGUUUUUCAUUUGUGUUUAUUUCAUCCACAAGAUGUUUUUGUUAGAAGCAAUACAAUAGUAGAAAAUAUUGGCUCAUCAACAAAAAAUGGAAUAUUAAAACAACAAAAAACUUGUUUUAAAGAAACCCCUCCAAUACCUCAAUCUAAAUUUACUUUUCUUUUAUUUCGAAAUCUUCAAUCAGUCCCUCCUCCAGAAAAUGUUAAAAAUGGAAAAUUUAACAAAACUUUUAUUGAAUUAUUUAUUGGUGCUCAUUUAAAGCCAACAGACUAUACAUGGGCUAUUGAAGAAAGUCAAAGAACAAUGAAACGAAUGACUGAAUUAACAACCACAGAAUAUCCAUUACCCAGGCUAACGAUUGUUUCUUCUCCAUUGGGUGCUGGAAAUGAUGCAAUGGGAGGUUUGGGACUUGUACAAAUUAGAGAUAGUUGGAUGGAAUACCCCAAAUUUGUAUAUACACAUAAUUUAUUAGUCGGCCAAAUAGUUCAACAAUGGACUACCAAUUUAUUAUCUAUUUGUAACCAAUGUACUCAAAAAGGAAUUUCUUUGUUUUUGGAGUGGAUAUUGGCCUCGGAAUUGUCAGAAAAUGAAAAUGAAGAAUUUGGGAGACGUGUGGAUGAAACAAGAAGACGAUUAUUUGGGGGAGGAGGAGAAACAAAUUUGGGAAUUGUUGGGUCAACAAAUCCAGCAAUUAAUCAACAACAAUGUAUUGAAAGAUCAGCAUUUUCUCUUUAUACUCUGGAUAGUACUUUUGGCAGAGAAAUUAUUACAAAAUUUUUAAAUUUACUUUUUUCUAAAUAUUCUUGGGUAUUUAAAUGUACAACAAAUUCUGAACUUUCAAAAUUAUUUUUUGAAGCAAGUGGAGGAAAUAAACAAAUGCGUGGGCAAUUUAAUUUAUUAAUUAAUUUUAGCCCCUCUUUUUCUUAA